AGUUUAUUGCUGUAUAGUAUUCAGAUACAGUCUGACUCUUCGUAGAAAUCAACCGAAGUCUAAGCAAAAUGCCACCAAAACCGAAAAAAUCUACUGGUGCGAAGAAAAAAGUGAGCAAAUUGAAUAAGCGUCCCAGCAAGAUAAGUGUCGUCAGUGUGAAUGAGCGUAGUAAGAACGAGAGAAGUGUGAUGCAAUCAAUUGAGCAAGAGGAGGCAACCAACAAUGAAAUUGUUCCAACUCCGAAGAAGACCACGGCUCAGAUUGCUCAACAGCCAACGCCGACACUUCCUCAGAUAAUUGCAAAGCAAGAGCCAGAAGUCGCGAUGAAAACGAUGAUGCUGCCACCACCAUCUGAUCCACCACCACCACCACCACCAGUGGCACCUCAUCAACCUCCACCACAACUUGCAACAAGUGCUCAACCGCCGCAGCCACCUGUCAUCAACUCACAACUGCCAAGAAUGUCUCCGGCUCCAGCAAUUCCACCGUCGAUGGCUCAACCACUUCUGCAGUCGCCAUCUCCUGGUGCAGAUAUUGCAAUUAGAAGACCAUCAAAGGAGAAAACAGACGAGAAAUCGGUUGAUGAAACCGGCGGUUCCGAUAAAAAGAAACGGACCGAAGUCAUCUGUAGUUGGAUUCGUCUGGUGUUGCAAAAUGGAGUGGCUGGCCUCAAAAAGGAAUACCGUGACAGUCCAAACGAAGCGCCAGAGGAUAUUGCAACGAGUUUCUUGGGGAAUCCGACACGCAAUCGAUAUCGGAACAUCCCGUGUUGUGACAUCACACGUGUCAAGUUGACUGACGAUCCUCAUUUCUACAUCCACGCAAACUUAGUCAGUUCUGGACCGAAUCCACGACGCUUCAUUUGCACACAAGCACCGUUAAACGGCACAAUUGAAGAGUUUUGGAAGAUGAUCAUUGUGACAGGGAUCGAGUACAUUGUGAUGCUAUGCGAGCUGGUUGAGAAGGGGAAGCCAAAAAGCGCAGAAUACUUUCCAAGCCAAAUUGGACAAACAACAAAGAUCGGGAGACUGUGCACGGUUACCAAGGAAUCCAGGGUAGAUAUCGAUAAAACUCUGGUGAUGUCAACAAUGCGUAUUUCGAAGCCCGGAGACAAUGCAGUUGUCAAAAUUGUGAAGCACAUACACUGGCGCAAUUGGCCUGAUCACGGUGUUCCCGACAAUUUUCUGUCACCGUUCCGUUUGUUGACUGUUGUCAAGAAUUGCACAAAACCAAUAGUUGUACACUGCUCCGCUGGCGUCGGUCGAACUGGCACACUUGCUCUCAUUUUGAUUAUCCUCGAGUCAAUUUGUCUUCCGGAUUUCAUUGGAGUUCCACGCCUUCUGGCAAAACUUCGAGAGGAGCGUUUCAGAGCAGUCCAAACUGAAAUGCAAUAUUUGUACGCUCAUCGAUGCGUCCUGGAAUAUUUGGCACUGAAGAAGUAUGUUCAAUCUCGCGAAGAUUUUGCCAAAUUCGCCAAGGAUUACGAGCAAGCACUUGCAAUGUGCCCAAAAGAAGCUUAGGAAUAUGAUCUUGAUUUGCUUGAAAUAUGGAAUAAAAAAUUCUACUAGA